CAGGAGUGAUCACUCCCUAAAUCCAGGAAAGGAAGGGGAGGAGUCUGAGCCGUGUCACACCCCUUUCCCAGUAAACUUCUUUCUCUCCAAGUUUGGGGGCCGGAGUUCCAAGGUCCAGGAGUAGCAGCCGUACACCCUGAGCUUUCCCCAUGGUUUCGGUGACCAGAUCCGUGUUUGGAGAGCUGCCCUCGGGGGCAGGGACGGUGGAGAAGUUCCGGCUGCAGUCAGACCUGCUGAGCGUGGACAUCCUCUCCUGGGGUUGCAUCAUCUCGGCCCUGGAGGUCAAAGACAGGCAGGGCCGAGCCUCGGAUGUGGUUCUCGGCUUUGCCGAGUUGGCAGGGUACCUCCAAAAGCAGCCCUACUUCGGAGCAGUGGUUGGCAGGGUGGCCAACCGAAUUGCCAAAGGAACGUUCACAGUCGACGGGCGGGAAUAUAAGCUGCCCAUUAACAACGGGCCCAACAGCCUGCACGGGGGAGUCAGAGGGUUUGAUAAGGUCCUCUGGACCCCUCAGGUGCUGUCAAAUGGCGUCCAGUUCUCCCGGGUCAGUCCAGAUGGCGAGGAAGGUUACCCUGGGGAGUUAAAAGUCUGGGUAACAUACACGCUGGACGGUGGGGAGCUCGUGGUCAACUAUCGAGCACAGGCCAGUCAGACCACACCAGUCAAUCUGACCAACCAUUCUUAUUUCAACCUGGCAGGCCAGGGUACCCCAAACAUAUAUGACCAUGAAGUCACUAUAGAAGCUGAUGCCUUUUUGCCUGUGGAUGAAACCCUGAUUCCUACAGGAGAAGUUGCUCCGGUGCAAGGAACUGCAUUUGACCUGAGGAAGCCCGUGGAGCUUGGGAGACACCUGCAGGAGUUCCACAUUGAUGGCUUUGAUCACAAUUUCUGUCUGAAGGGAUCUAAGGAAAAGCACUUUUGUGCGCGGGUCCUUCACGCCGGAAGCGGGCGGGUCCUGGAGGUGUACACCACGCAGCCCGGGGUCCAGUUUUACACGGCCAACUUCCUGGACGGCUCGCUGAAGGGCAAGAGCGGAGCCGUCUAUCCCAAGCACUCUGGUUUCUGCCUCGAGACCCAGAACUGGCCUGAUGCGGUCAAUCAGCCCCACUUUCCUCCCGUGCUGCUGAGGCCUGGUGAGGAGUAUGACCACACCACUUGGUUCAAGUUUUCUGUGGCUUAAGGUGUGAAAAUAUGAUCUGCUCCAGGGCCAGGCUGGGAGCGCCUUCUGCAGCCUGUCUCCUAUUCAGAGAUGAGAUGAAGAUUUAGAGGCUUUAAAGUGAUCCUGUGAAUUAAAAUCAUACAAAUGUAGCUGUCAUGAUAACCAGUCUACUGAUCUCCUUUCCAAUGACUGGCUCCAGGUCAGGUCUAAUGACCAGCCCUAUUCUGUGUAGCUAAGAGGACCCAGACACCAAUCAUUAUCCAAGCCCUAACCCUAGCCCAGAAAUAGUGCCUCGACCCCCAUGCUCUGUUGGCUCCAUCUCCACACCUCUCCUUUCAUUGAGCCUACUCUCUCACUCACCUUUUUUCCCUUCUCUACCUCCUUGCCCUUGAGCAUCUCUUUGGAAUUUUCAAAGGUCACAUUAGUUCACUCAACUUGCUGGCAGAUAGACCUCUCUGCCUAGAUAAGGCAGUAGAUGAGUGAGAAGUGAGGGGGCUGACGCUUAAAGAAGGUAAGUGACCCCCUAAAGGUACAUAGCUGGGAGCAAUUUUAGCCAGGACUUGGUCAGGUCAUGUGAAUUCAAGUCGCCUUCUCUGCUCCCCUUGUCUGCUGAGCAUUCCUGGGGUCACUCAUGGGCAAAGCAGGGGCUGAGCUUUAUCUGUUAGAGCCAGCCUUUCUUCCCAGAUUCACUUUUAUAGAAAGCAUUAGUCUGAGUUUGAUUAACUGCCUCUAAGCCUUAGAAGUGGUGUGACUUAGUGUCCAGGAAAGAAUCUGUAAUUUUGACUCUCUGCCUUUGAAGUUAACUGAUAAAGUCCAGCCCAGCCAAAGUGUGGAAGAAAAGAAGCCAUGGAGUCAGGAGCUGUGUCAGUGUGAGGAUAGGGCCUUACCUGAGGAUUGCACAUUGCACCUGGAACAAAAGUUGUAUGAUGUGGAUGAAGCUGGGGCUCCCUUUUCCUGAAGAGUUGAAUCAGUGAUGGGUUUGGGUUGGUGAUUUUUAAAGAAAUGUAUCUUUUAUAUACUAGCAAUCAAUUGAAAUAAAAUAUAAAAACCUACACCUUCAAAGACUCCAUUUCUUCACUUAUCUUUAAAUCUGUCAGGCAUGGAUCUUUAGUAAGUGGACCAAGGAUAUGGUGUGUUCUGGGUUCUACUACGCUCUCCAGUACGAGUGCCAGCAUCUUCCUAGAGGAAAGCUGGAAAGCGACCUAACUGGUAGCCUGGUGAGCUUCCCAGACUUCCUCUCUCUUAGCAACCACUAUAAACCAAAGAUAGUGUUUAUUUUUUAAUUCAUUUCAACAUGGAUUUUCUGAGUACCUAUUUUGCACACAGUUCUCUGCUGUGUCUAUUAAGGGAAUUAAGAGGUAAUGUCUAAGAUGAAGUAUGUUCCCUCGGGGGUAUCACAGUCUCUCUGGGAGAGACAAGACCAACAGUAGCAAUUCAGUGAUGUAGAAUUGCACUGUCACAUGGCUGGGAGCCCUGAACUAGUACUAACUUUGCUUCUGGCAUUUACUUUGUGGGCAGACAAUCUGAUUUCACUUGGCCUCUGAUUUCUCACUUACAAGGCAAAGUUUUCCUCUGUUCUAAAAAAAGAAUUGUUUUUAUAAUAAGCCUAGCCUAGAGUAACCCAAAUAAGGAUAUUCAACUUUAGGACAGUGAAAAUUACUGGUAUUUUGUGUUAUGAAAGACAAUAAAGAGGCAAAGUUUGUUUGAUUAUCAAGCCAUAAGUCUGAUGAAGGUAAAAUUUGAGAGAAAUUGAUCUUUGGUGAUGGUAACCAGUCUAUUCUUUUUCAUGAAACACACACAUAAAAGAGAACUUGAUGUGCUUGAGAAAAGAUACUACAUAGUUAUGAGACACGUAGAGUAUGAUGUAUGAGCAUAAUUGUAGCAUUUUAUGAUGAAAUCACUGAAGGUGUCAAGAAACAAUUUUACAGUCUAACAACUGGACGCUUUGCUCAUGUGAGAUGGUGAAAACAAACAUGGUAUUUAGUAUGAAAAACAUGUAACUACAGCCUGGUUGAAAAUGCAAAUAUCCACUAAAGCACAAUAUACACUCCCUCCCAAGAAUAAGGAGUCCCUAGGAGUCCAAACCUUCCUUAUCACACACCCCCACCCACAACCAGGUUAGUGCUUUAUUGUUCUGAGUUCUGAUCCUUCACAGGUGAGCAUUCACUGAUUUCACUCAAUGAUCUGUGGAAUCCUGUUUCAAAUUCAUAGGACAUUAAGUUCUUAUCAUUAGCUGUAGGAUUUUCAUUAUUCCAAUUUCCACUCAUUUUGCCUAACAAGAAAGAUGUACUAUUAAAUAAUUGCACAAACACUGCUAUAAAGACUAAGAUGCCAUGCUGUGGAGGUUAAAUUGUUGUGACUAUGGCAGUCCAACCUCAUCAGACUAAAGGAAAUUAGUGUCAAUGAAUAAAUGGAUAGUUUGUGAAAAGCAGAACAUGAGCCCUAGGUUGAGCGUCAACCUAGGAUCCAGGCGAUCGGGGUUCA